AUCGUAAGCAGGCACGUGCCUUCCCGCCAAGAAACCGCGACCUCAUCUCCGUCUCCCUCCCCCUCCCUCACUCGCUCUCUAUCUGGCACAGUUCAUCCUCCUCUUCGGUAGUUUUGCGCUACUCUGCUGUGUGGCCGGGGGGGGCAAAACCUAGCAAGAAAAAAUGAGAACGUGCUUGCUGUCGGCGGCGCUGCUGUUCCUUGGAGGAGCACAAGGAUUCAUCACCAGCCUGCCGAGAUUACCCACUCGUGACAUCACUCCCACGCCCGGACGAUGUAGAGUACCACGACUGGCCUUGACACCACCCCGAAAGCCCAAUACUGGGGCGGGUGCCGGGUCUGCUGCUGCCGGGGGCGAUGACAAUGGCGGGGCGAACGAUGUGUUGAAAUCGACCAGCGGGAUCACCAGAGCGCCUCUCCGGAUAACUCCGAACUUUCAGCCCCAGGAGAAGCGGAGGCCGAAAUUCAAUGUAGAUAAGGACGUCACCUAUGGGGCGUUCUUGACGGAAGAGAGCUUUGAUAUCGCCGCAAUGGCUUGGGAAGAAUUCUCCGACUUUCUUCGGCGCACGGUCGAGCGGAACUUGAACGGAGCGCAGUUCGACUUCGACACUCGGCAGUGGUCGAGCAGCAUUCGCAAGUGGUGGAGCAGGGCCGUGGAGAUGGACGUGCAAGCCAAAGCCGACCUUUUCCGGCUUUAUGAUAGCAGCGUAGGGCAGAGGGAUGCCAGGGGGAACCAGGCCUUGAAAGUGGACGCAAGGGUCGAGGACGAAUGGGAUAGCAUCUACGUAGAUUGCCAAGAUGUCGCCGACGUAGACUUUCAGGACUGGUCAUUCGACAGCAGUAUCAGCGGUGGGGUCGAGGGGGCGGCGACAGGGAGCGACGUCACGGGUUGGAGAUCAUCAGAAUCAUCAUCAGAAGCCUUGCCGUCAUCGUUGCGGAAGGAGGGGGGUGGAUGGGGCGCGAGUCCCGGUAGUGCAAGCACUGGUGGCUCUCGCUCGGCGCUCAUGGCUGCCAUGGACGCGUUCCAAGAGGAGGAGGAAGCGGAGGAGGGGGAAGAAGAAGGGACGGGCAGCGAGGGCUUCGAUGAUGAGGAGAUUAUCGACUGUGCGAUCAGGGGUCGGUGGACUUUCACAAACAACGAUGACCCGGGGUGUUUCGAAGCAGACGGAAGUGACGCACCGUGA